AUGCCUCUCGACACGUCCGCUUACUCCCUGGCGCUGCUGCGCGUCGACGGCCGCCGCUGGAACGAGCUGCGCCGCCUGCACGCCCAGAUCCGCACGCAGGACGCCGCCGACGGCUCCUCGUACCUCGAGAUGGGCCACACAAAGGUCAUGUGCGUCGUCACCGGCCCCUCUGAGCAGAGCCAGCAGCAGCAGCAACGCCGCGGCGGCCAGCAGGCGCAGCGCGACGCCGCCUCCAUCAACGUCAAUGUCGUCAUUGCCGGCUUCUCCAGCGUCGACCGCAAGAAGCGCGGCCGCAACGACAAGCGCAUCCAGGAAAUCGAGAUCACCAUCGCCAAAACCCUUGCGUCGGCCGUCCACACCCAUCUUUUCCCCCACUCCUCCAUCACAAUCUCCCUCCACGUGCUGUCGCAGGACGGCUCCCUCCUCGCCGCGCUCCUCAACGCCGCCACCCUUGCUGUCGUCGACGCCGGCAUACCCAUGACCGACUACAUCGCCGCCUGCACCGCCGGAUCCACGUCGACGCACGCCGCGGGCGACGACGCCGCCGACCCCCUGCUCGACCUCAACAACCAGGAGGAGCAGGAGCUGCCCUUCUUGACCGUCGCUACGCUCGGCGAUGGGGACCGCGUCGCCGUCCUCGUCUGUGAAAGCAGAGUCCAGGUCAGCCGACUGGAGGGCAUGCUGGUUGUCGGCAUCGAUGGCUGCAAGCAAGUCCGGAAGUUUCUCGACCGCACAGUCAAAGAGAAGGGCGUCAAGAUGAUUCGAGAGGGUGCCGUCCAGCGCAGCGACGCCAUGGCCAUGGACUUGGACGGCUAG